AGAAAGGCGGUUUCAUUUGUUCAGAAGAAUAUACGUUAUUUCAAUCGGGCGGCGCAAAUUAGGGCUUCAUUUCAAGGUUUUGCGAAUUUGAUUUUGAUUAAGAGGAAGGAAAAUGGCAUUGGGGAAAAAAUGUGGAAGUUACGGGUCGGGGCUAGUGAGAAGUAGUUCGUUUGGGAGGAAGAGAGUUAUACUGGAUGUUGAUUUCAGUCCUACAAUACAUAUGAAGAAAGUGUGCAGUCAUAAUUCGCUUUUUAAUUAUGACAAGUCUCCAAUUGAAGAUUUGCCUCAAGAUAUUUUGAUUAGGAUAGUGUGUGGAGUUGAUCAUGAUGAUUUGAAGAGGCUGUUUCGUGUAUCAAGGGCAAUUCGAGAGGCGGCUGUGAUUGCAAAAAGGUUGCAUUUUGAGUAUGCAACACCAAGAAAGACGGUUAGUUUCAAGAAUGCAAUCGAGGAUUUGGGUGAAUUUAAUGAUGUUGAAGCACCAAAUGCUCCGAGGCAAUUGAAAGUUCGAAAGUUGAAGUUAAGCAAGAAGAAAAUGGAUGAUAUUUCUGUUGCCUUGUUUGCAUCAGAAGACGAUGAUGAUGAUAAUUGGCUGCAAAGAGAGUCAUAUAUGCCGAUGAAUGCUGAGUUUUAGAGGUAUUGUUGUUGUAGAAAUCAUAGGCUUUUUAGUCUCUAGGAGAAAUAUUUGUUAGUGUUAUUUCUUCAAUCCUUUCAUUGAAGAUGAUUUUUGGGGAUUCUGUUUGAAGGCCUUUUUUUUGGCGCUUCUAAUGUCACAAGAAUUAGGUUGUACAUAGCAAUAUUAUCAUUUAGUAAAUUAAAUGAGAAUUGUCUUUCCA